AUGACGCAGUCUCACGCGCGUGCGCGUGAGAACGCGGCACCUAUGAGAUCGCGCGUCCCCACCGCCAUCACCGCCGCUCUUCUCUCGCUACUCGUCGUCGCUGCCUGCUUGAUGACCACUACAGUUUCUGCCUCUCCUCCGGCGAAUGCUGAGGAUAAGCAGGGAGCCACGCUGACGCUGCUCGGGAGUGUUACCGCAGCGAAGACGGCGCGACGUCAAGCGUCCGUGCUCAGUCAAUUCUGGCAGCAGAGCCUUGAAGAGCGAAACGCCUUCAUCGAGACCUUCUUUGCGGAGCCGCUCACCAAGGCCAACAUCGACACCAUUUCUGGCGUUGCACGCGAGAUAACUCCACCGGUGGAUCUUAAGCUAGACGUGAAUCUGCUCGCGCCGUUCAGCCGGAGUGCCAUGCCGGCCGCGACUGGUAGCGGGGUGCGACUUUCUGCUAGUCGGUCUCUUCAGGAGCAUUUGACACUGGCCACUCAAGCGGACGCCUCCAAAGGGCGGCUUGUCUCCAAACUGAACGUGAUGUACACGACGUCGGAAGCAAAGAUGAAUAAGUCACCGAGCGCCGUCGUCGCGCAGGCCCAAGAUCCAGCAGCGCAGAUAUCUGUGCCCCAGAAAAACCACAGAGUCGCAUCUCCCGCCAUUAAGCACCCGCUCAAGUCUCUGAAGUCAUCUGCUCAGGCGUCUCCCAUCGAGCCUCUUCGCUCCGGCGCUGUCGGUGUGGGCAAGAGCCGUCUGCAGGGGCCCAGCAUCGCGUUGCAGAAGUUUACAGCUUUGAAAAUGGGGGCGGAAAAGAUUGUGCGUGCGGUUGUCGAGGCCAAAGCUGGUCACAGCGCCAUCAAGGAUUACAGCAGUGCCAAGGUGAUCGCUGCCAAGAAAGGCGCCGCCGCCUUGAUGCGUGCAAUGGGAAACUACGCAAAGGACACGCUCAUUUAUGUGAACGGCACCAGGGGCCUGAUCCCAAUCACCAUCGUCGGCAGCGGCAACACGGUGGUCAAGUUCAACGGAGAGGCUGGCAACAUGAUCGAGGUCGUUGUGCAGCUGAAGGACCACCGCUACGACAAGUCCGUGAGGAGAGACAACUGUUACGGCAUUUAUUUACAAGUGGAACUGCGCAAUGGCCACAAGUUCAACGGCGGUACCUACAAUUCGAAGAGCACAGCAGCUGUGGCGGCCAAGAUGCAGGCGCACAACUACGUUACCCGAAGCACGUGGAUAAGAAUGGAGAACUCAGCCGAAAACGACGAAGUCGAGGACAACAGCCGCCCAAACGUCCCACAGCAGGAUGAGGAACGCAGCCGCUGGCUCGACUUCUGGGACGCCUUCGCCCCGAUGCUCGACAACAGCGCGAUGUGCAAGGUGCUCCAGAGCGUGUCCAUGCGUGUUGAGCGGGUCCCGGUAACGGAGCCGUACUACAUCAUUCUCCACUCCUCCACGAUUCCGUCCUUUAACUCGCAGAGAGACACGAAGGCGUCCGGGACGCCCGACGGCAAAUUUGACGAGUCGCACCCCACAUGUGAGCUGAAUCUCUUUUUCAACGAGGAACCGGCGGUGGAGCUGGAGCGGAUGCAGCUCAUCUUCGCCCUUGUCCUGCCGCUGAUCAUGCUCUUUCUGCCGCUGCCCUUCACGAUGUGGCGGGCCGACCUGGUGCAGCAGUACAUGAUGGACUCCGAUUUUUCGGAAUGGAUAUGGAUGCUGCCGCUGCUGAUGCGCAGGAAAAUGGUUGAAGCGCUGAAAGCGGGAAUAGAGUGGGUUUUGAGUCUCCGCUCCGCCUAUCAGCAGCGCCUACUGCGGAAUCAGCUGCUGCGGCAAGAGCAGGCACACCACGGCACAGUAACGGCGCAAUCCGCCACCGAACAGGAGCAGCCGGGAGUGCAGCCCUUUGGAUGGGGCGCGGCCGCCCCCGGGGUACCGUCGCUGCAGACACCAGAUCUUACUGGCUUCCACGCAUCAGCGGCUGGAGAUGCACGGACGGAGCCGCCGCCGCCGCGGCAGCAGCAGCACGAGUCUUGUACUCAAUGCCAGUUCCGCGAGGAGGAAACAAGUUUCAGCACACGUAGCAGUAGAAGCACCUACUCCAUGCCCUCCCGAGCAUCCACGGGGUCAUGUUCCGGUGAGCCGCACGACAGCGCUCACUAUCACCACCACGGUCACCACACUCGCGGCGGAAGAAACGUCGGGGCCUUGAAGGCGUCUCCCACGCCGUGUUCCAGCGACGCGCUCAUGGAAAACGUAAGUUGUUGCUCGUUCACGACGGACUGCACCCACGGCACCCACCGUCAUUACCAUCAUCCAGGGGAAAGCCGUGCUGUCUGCGAAGCUGCCACGGCAGUGGCGGUGCGUGUUCCGCCUGAGGCGGAUGCUGCUGAGCAUUGGCGGGAGGUCAAUCAGAGCGGACCGCAUGCGCGAAGCAACGGGCACGAUCUGCUCUUCAUCACUGAGGAGUCAGUAGAUGCUGGGCGCAGCCUUUCAAGACGUGAGCAGCACCAGCACGCGGCGGGUGCGCCGUGGCCGACCGCAAAUGAUCCCAUCCAAACUGUGUCGACGAAACCUCGUGAAGAAGUGGAGGCGAUGAAGUCCUGUGGGGGCGCAGUCGAUGGCGUGCCAGUCUCCGAAACUUCUGCCCCCACGUCCACCGGCGUCACUGCACCGUCGCCGGCCGCAGCAGCGGCGCGUGGAUGUGCACCGGGAUCGAACGCCGCGCCGAACGAAGAGGAAGAGGAGGAGUCAUUCUGCCGCAUAUGCCGCGAGGGAAGCGACAUCGCCCCGCUCAUCGUACCGUGUGCCUGCACCGGCUCUGUCCGCUUCGUGCAUGCCACGUGUCUUGACCGCUGGCGGAUCGAGAGCGCGAAGCGCAAUUUGGCAAACGUCAAUCACUGCGAAAUCUGCAAGGAGCCCUUCCGCGUCAACAUCCAGCGGUCGACGUUGCUGUGGGAGAGCUCGCAGCAGAUUCUGAACGGUGUCUGCUUGUUCCUGGCCUGUUUUAUCAUGGUUGUGACGACGACGACGCUAACACAUGUCGUUCUUGGUGAGAUGUCGUGCUCGGCGGCCUACCACCAAGUCGCCUACAGCACUAUGUUCCGCUUCGAGGGGAUCUCGCUGACGUUAUUUGUGUACUGCCUCGCAGUGCUGCUAGUGCUUUUCGCCAACCUCAUCGUCUACAGCUGGUUCCGCAGUCAGCCAGAUGUGGAGGAGUACGUGGAGGAGAUGCACAUCGUUCCUCCCUUCUACACGCGGCGCAACGUACUCUUCAUUGUGCUCGUGUGCCUCGUUCUUCUAGCGCAGGCGCAUGCGAUGGGAUACCUGAUCAAGUACUUCCUGUACAGAACAAGCCAUCUUGUCUGGAAUUGGGAGACAUCCCCGCUGAUGGGUGGCGCCUUCUUCUCUAUCUUCACUAUCGCCACUACCGCCUUCUGCGGCUGGGUGCGGGACAUGUAUAUGGUGCACGCUGUUGGCCGCAGCCGUGGCGAUGCGCUGGCGACUGAUGUCGUGAUAGUGCCCAUUGGCGAUGCUGAUCGUGCAGAACCAGCGGCAGAGAACAGCAACGAUGGUGCUGCCCCUGCACUGCUGUCUCGGUCCAUCACUGUGGCAGGCGCAGCCUCACUUACUGCGUCUCUGACGGAAACGCCCCCCACGGCAGCAUCUCCCCCUCCGCCUCCAUUUCCCUCCCCUGCCACCCCUGGCGUGUCCCUGUCCUCGCCGGAGGUACCCACGACGCCCGACAGUGCAGCGCAGCCGCGUCCAGCAGAUGAGGAUCCGGACUACACUCAGCACUUCAGGAUACCGCCAGACCAGCGCGUCAUUCGCGCCUUUGAGUACUGCCCGCCGCGGAGGAAGAUGCCGCAGAGGUAA